AAGUCAGAAAACUCAGCCUUCUCUCUCUCUCUCUCUCUCUCUCUCUCUCUGCCUUCAUCCUUCUUCUCCUUCACAUUCUAUCUGCCAUAUAAGUACACAGAUUGUGCACGGUAGGCAGCAAGAAAGUACUUAAAUAUAUGCGCUACGAGGUGUUCGUCUUCGUCUUCGUCAUCGUUCAGCCAAAUUAAGUCUCAUAUAUAUCUAUAUAUAUAACUGGUACUAGCUUGCUGGCCGGGAAUUGAAUAGUAGUGGUGAAGAAGGUGCUGUAGGCCGCAGAGAGGCAGCAGGGAGAAUGAGAGGGUUUGAGAGGAAAGGAGUCCGGCAGUACAACCGGUCGGAGGUGCCGCGGAUGCGGUGGACGGAGGAGCUUCACCGGCAGUUCGUCCAGGCCGUCGAGUGCCUCGGCGGCCAGGACGAAGCAACUCCUAAACGAAUUCUUCAGUUGAUGGGCGUGAAAGGAGUUAGCAUAUCUCAUAUCAAGAGCCAUCUCCAGAUGUACAGAAGUUCUAGCAACAGCAGCAGUGCCCAUCAGUCCAGCCUCCAGAAGUCGACAUCAAGCAGCAACAGGAAGCGCGUGUUCUUGAACCGUGAAGAUCACUGCGCCUACGCGUCACCGGAUGGAAACACGGUAGCUUCAGACAAAAAUAUUUACGCCGCUUUGCUCCACGGUUGCAGUCAGUGGUCACCAUACCAAAUACCAUCGCUACAGGAAGUAUUCAGAAGCUGGGAACAAAGUAGAGGGCGUAUUCCUGGGAACUCCAACGUGCUGACAAUAGAGAAGGCGGCGGUUAAGCCAAGUCACACUGCUUCCAACAGGAGGCCUGAUGAGAAGCAAACGGGCUGCAACCUCACGCUGUCGAUCGGCCUGUGGGAGGACGCGAGCAGCGACGCCGACGGCUCGAGCACGAUCAGUGAGGAGCUCCGGGCUCCGGCAGCCGGUUCUCGCCGUGUCGCCACCGUGAAGGAGGAGGAGAGCAAGCCAGCGCUGAACCUGGACUUGACCAUCUCAUCGUCUUGGCUGGCGUGAUGCACACUCACGUAAAGCUCGUGUACACAGCUGUACGGACACAUGCAGAGCUAGUAGCAGAGAUUGUGUGAUCAGGCUUCAGUAGACUGUAUAUGGCGUGGUAGUCCGAUCCAGAUAGGUCUCUCGGAUUUUCGUGUCAUCGUCCCCUUCGCCACACUCCGAUCCGUUCUUGUUUUUUUUUCUUUUUAGAUUUGUAUAAAUUUUCGGGUUUGAUCGAAUAGGAAUCGGGGCUUCAGACGACGAUGGGUGAGGAAUUUCUGCUAUCCUUUUCUUUCUCCUCGGGAGAAGACGCUGUAUACCCGAAUUCCUCACCUGCCAUCGUCUGAAAUGUUCUAUUUCUGAUCGAUCUGUAGACUCUUAGAAAGGACUUUGCAUGUUGUUAGUUUGUUACUACUAGCUAUUUCAGUAAAAAGGCAUAUGACAGAUAUAUAUCUUGAAUUUACUAUUUUCGGUUGCGGAAAAUA